AUUUUAAUUGCUAGUGGAAGGUUAUCGUGAGUUGUGUGUGAUAGUUGGUACCUCGUUGAUCCUUCCUCAAAAGUUGAGGAUUUGUUUUUGUUUUUUUAAUUUUUUAAUUUAUUAUUGUUAGUAAGAUUUAUUUGACAAUUCGUCUCCGGAUCGCAUUAAAAAGGCCGAAAAAUGGCAGAGUUCGUGGAACUGAAGACGGAGGAGAUGAUCCCUCUGUUGGAGUUGAUGGAGAAAACUCAACUUUUCGACAAGAACGAAAUAAGGGUUAUCGCCAAGAAAAGAAAGGAUUUUGAGUACAAGCUGGCUAGGACGACAAAGUGCAAAGACGACAUGCUCAGAUACAUCCAGUACGAGAUGGACUUGCUGAAGCUUCUGAAACAAAAACGCCAGGAAAAAGGCCACUCCAUUAAAAAGAACGAGAUCGACUACAUGAUCGCAAACCACGUCAACAAAUUGCUCAACCAGGCCGUAAGGAGGUUUUCAGACGAUGUCAGACUCUGGAUGUCAUACAUCAAGUUUUGCAAAGAAGUCAGGUUCUACACCUGUGCGAGCAAAAUACUUGACCAGUGUCUGAGCAGGCAUGGCGAUAAACCCCGUCUGUUCGUAAUAGCAGCAGAUUUUGAGUUUAAACAGUGCAAUUGUAUUGAAAAAGCUAGGAAAUAUUUUCUUACAGGAUUGCACAUACACAAAGAUUCAAAAAUUAUUUAUGAGGCCAGUUUUAGACUUGAAUUAGAAUAUGCUGCUAUGAAACGAAAAGAAUAUUUUAGCCAAUUGAAUUCUGCCAAGGAAGAAGGAAAUGUGAAAAAAUCUGAUCCAGACAGCGCUGAAACAAAUGAAAAAGAGAACAAGGACGUACAACCCACAGAUCCCAUACUGUGUGGUCAGUUGGCAGAGGUGAUUUAUGAAAUGUCAAUAAAAAAAGUGAACGAACCAGAUUUUGGAAUUGAACUCAUGAAAAUAGCGAGCGAAUUCGAUUUCACGGAAAAACUCCAAGGGAAGAUCAUCGACGAUCUGGUGACUAAAUUUCCUAACUCAGAGAAAACCUGGGACAUGCUGGCUAAACGUGAACUUGAAAAAAGUCAUCUUUCACUCAGAGAAAGGAUAAGGAACUGUUGUCAAGUCUACGAAAGCGCGGUUGCACAAGUCCAAACAAAUCAAAUGAUAAUGAUGUAUGUGCAGAAGAUGUACGAAUUGAAGAACGAGAACGGCCCGAUGCACAAUUUAAGAAAAAACUGUUUCGUACGCGCCCUUCUCCUCGCGCACAACAAAGGCAAAUUGACAGAGAAGUUUUACCUGAUUUGGUUUGAGCAGCUUCAGGACAAGGAUUUACGGCUUCCCUCGUUCCUGAAAUCGGCCACUGAAGCUUUACCCCAUUCCUGCAAGUUAUGGUACCGCAGGAUCAUGUUCUUCUUAAAGCAGGGCGACAAUGUGACCGGCCUCGAAAUCUUCAAUGAAGCAAUACAGGCUUUCAAGGGUAGAGAUGAUGAAGCACUACCUUUAUGGAAAUACCUACUGCAAUAUUACCAACUUACUGAUUUAAGAAAAGUGGAAGAGCUUUAUAAGAGGAGUUUAAAAUCAAGCCAGGCUGUGUGUAAAGCGCUCAAACCUUUAUAUCUAGAAUGGGUGACUUUAAAUCGAGGCAUUUGCUCCGGGCGGAAACUCUACGCUGAACUAGCCAAUAUUCCUCCUCUUUCGUUGCAACUCCACCAGAAGAUGAUGGAUUUGGAAGAGACGCAGCCCAACAUCUGCUCCAAGCUGAUAAGAAAGUGCCACCUCCUUGCGACAUCGCAAUUCGGCAUAGACAGCACAGAAGUUUGGAUGAAUUACAUAAGAUUCGAACACAACUACGGAGACGCCAAGAACGUUCCGGCCAUUCACAGUGAGGCCUUACGUAAACUCAAUCCAACUCUCGUUGACAUCUUCAAUUCAGAAUUUAACCUCAUGAAAUCAGGCUUCUUAAUAGGAAUGCAGAAAAAUAACUCUCUACAGCAAUCAGAGGCAGAGGAAGAGGAUAUGGAACUGCCCGAUGUUACAGAAUCCAUGGAUAUCAGCAAUUGAAGGAUAUUGAUAAUUUGAUAAAUAUUUAUCAAAUUUUGUGCAGGAAAUAUUAAUGAAAACAAUUUUUCAUUAUGUACAUUGUAAACAGUUACAAUUUUAAUAUAAAACUA